CCAUCCCUCCCACAGGAGAUGUUCGACAUCGUGCUGGACGAGAACCAGCUGGAGGAGGCCUGUGAGCACCUGGCCGAGUACCUGGAGGCCUACUGGAAGGCCACGCACCCCCCCAGCAGCAACCCCCCGAACCCGCUGCUGAACCGCACCAUGGCCUCGGCGGCGCUGGCCGCCAGCCCCGCGCCCGUCUCCAACCUCCAGGGUCCGUUCCCGGAGGGGGAGCAGGGUCGCCCCCGGCCGGGCCCGGGGGGCCGCGGGCAGGGCAGAGCCCCCCCGGCCCCCGCCCGCCCCGGCCCCCGCAGCCUGUGCCGCCAGGACACCUUCGACUCGGAGCCCGCGGGCAGCCGGGACUCGGAGCCCGGGGAUUCCUGCUGCAUGGACAUCGAGAUGGACCCCGUCGAGGAGGAGCCCCCCGGGGACGGGGCCGAGGAGGGCCGGGGGCUGCGGGGCCGAGCCAAGGGCCAGGAGCCCCUGGGCCUGGGGGAGGGCGAGGGCUGGGGGCAGGACGUUUACAUCCGUUAGGGUGAGGGGGUGCGGGCAGCGCUGGUUUUGGGGGGUGGGAGACCCUCCCCGCUUGCCUUUGUGCCCCCCCUCCGAGCCCGGCCAGCAGUGCCACGGGGAGCCCCUGCUUUGCCCUGGGGGGGGGGUCCCCCUGCCCAACUCUUUGGUGAGGGGGGGUCUCCCUGUGCCCCCCUGCCACAGCCCCCCCAGCAUCUCGCGGUGCCUCGGGCCCCCCCUGCCUGGCAGGGACAGCAAGUGACCAAAGGGGACCCGACGUGUCCCCGUCCCCUGCCCCGGGUGUGGGGUAGGGGGCUGUGCUCCACCCCCAGCCCUGCCUGCUGGCUGCCCCCCCGGGUGCCCCCCGCUUCUCCAUGGUGCUCUUGGCCCCCCGGGCUGGCCGUGGCAGUGGGGGGGUCCCUGCCAGCUGCCCCCCACCCCAGCCAGUGCCUGCCCACAGCCCCCCGGCCCCCCACCCCGGGGGCGUGCAUGUGUGUGGUGUGUGCAGGGCUUGGGGAGGGCUCCUGCUGCCCCCGGCUGUGCCCCCCCCGGGGUGCUGCCUGCCCGGGGAGGGGCGGGGGCAGUUUGCAUGUGUUUGCCUUGGAGGGGCUCUGCCUGAACUGGGGGGGUGGGGGGUAAAUCUGAGCCAGUUUUGGGGUCUAACCCGUGCUAACAGCUGCCCAGCCCUGGCCUGCCCUGCGGUGCCCGGAGGGUCCCGCUGCCCUGGGACCUCUGGGGUGCACUGGGCAGUGCCAGGCCCCUGUCCCACCCCCCCUAAAACCCCUCUGUGCCAACCUCCCCGCCGUGCCUGUCCAGCCAUGUGUCUGUCUGUCCGUCCGUCCGUCAGCCUCUGUCUGUCCCCCCCUUGGCCCCCCCAACACCCUGGGGCACUGCCUUGUCCUGUACCUGCCCUGGGGCGUCCUUUGUGCCCCCCCCCCAACUCCACGGGGGUGACCACACCAGGGUGGGGGUGGGGACACCCCCCAUCCAGCCCUCACCGUGGGGCUGGGUUUGUCUCACUUUAUGGGGCAGCCCCCUGCCCCCCACCCCGGGGCAAUCCUGGGGGUCCCCGGGGUCACUGCCUUACCCAGACCACCAGCCCAGGGCGGGGGGCUCGGGGGCACCCAGCUCUUGCUCUGCCAAGCCGCCCCCACCCACGUGUGCCUCAGUUUCCCCCCUUUUUUUUCGGGGGGGGGACUCGGUGUCACUGCCUGCCAAGUGCUUUGAGCCCCCCCUGCCCCAGUGCUCGCCCUCGUGGUGGCCACAACCUGAACAGUGGGGACCCCCCCCCACCCGCGGGCAGAGGGACGUCCCGUAUUUAUGUCACUCCGCAAACUUUUAAUUUAAAGACCUGACAAAGUGUAUUUUAUUUAUUUAUUCUCGUUGGUUUGUGUGUGUGUGUGUGUGUGUUUGGGGUUGGGGGGGGGACUCGCCCCGCUCGCUUGGUUCUUUGUAAUAAACAUUUCGGUGAGAUCUGU